UAAGUAUUUUUGGCGUCCUGUGUGUGUACAGUUGCUAGCUAAUUGUUAGCUGACUGAAAUUUAAGAAAAAAGAGGGCGAACGAAGCCCUGUUAAAGAUGUAUUUUCUAAGAUUUAGUUACGGAUAAACGGACAAUAUAAGGAUGUCUAAACGGACUAACUCGAGCAAACAAUGGGCCAAUGAGCCUCCAACAAUGCUCAUUUGAUUUCCAUACAUGACUGAAUGAAAUCAGAAAUCUUUCCUGUCACUUUGGGUUUUGAACGAUUCUGAUAUUCACAUGAGUUCCAGGAAGCCAGCCAAGAUGGGGGACAUCUUGGCAACUGAAGCUGAUCUUCUUGGGAUGAUCAAAGAGUACCUGAAGUUUGAAGACUUUGAAGAAACUGUUCAAGCUUUUGACAAAGAGUGCAAAACCAAAGGCAAGCUUGUCUCAAAGCCACGUGGAAGUUCUCUCAGAGACUCAAAGACUCGUGUCAUCCAGGAAGAUCUUCUGAGCUCCUUCAAUGAUGGAGAUCAAAAAGUGUUCUUUGAACUAUGGGCAGAGAACAUUCCCUCCGAGGUAAAAGACUCAGAUGCUGAAGCACAAAACCUGGAGUUCUACCUUCAUAUCCACUUUACCAUCUACCCACUGAGGAUGCAUCCGAGUAGACAAGACCGAGCUGAAUUUGAGGAGAGGAUUUCCCUUUUCAAGCAGUACCUUGAAACCCGGGGAGCAGCGUUGAGCCAGACCACUGAGUUUCUGCCUUAUUACGCUUUGCCUUUUGUUCCAAACCCCACCAUUCACCCCUGCUUCAAAGAUCUCUUUCAGGAUUCCUGGAUACCACAGUUGAAGGACAAGUUGGAGAAGUUCUUAUCAGUGACCAUAAAAUCAUCUAAGAUUCCAAGGCUGUUGACUUUAUAUAAGGAGGGUGGAAGGACUACUAAAGAAGCCAUGCAGCAGUUACAGCUUCAGCUGGCUGAGUCGGAGCGACGCAUCUCCAGCUACGUACGGAAGUGUAACAAGAUCAAAGCUGACUACCAUAACCUUAUUGGAAUCACUGCUGAGCUGGUUGACUCUUUAGAGGCCACAGUCAGUGGGAAAAUGAUCUCCCCUGAGUAUCUUCAGAGUGUGUGUGUUCGCCUAUUCAGCAGCCAGAUGAGGCAAAGCGGUGUUCAGAGCACGGACUUCAUGAGGCCUGGCACUGGAUAUUACUCUAUGAGUCCCUAUGAUGAUGGCUAUGCCUCUUCUAUGUUACGGGCAUCCAUUGCACCACAGAAACCAAAAGAGGUGCCAAUGCUGCCUUCUCUGGACUAUGAGAAGCUGAGGAAAGACUUGGUUGACGGCUCGGACAGACUGAGGUGUCUCCUCCUGCAGGCGCUGCGCUGGAGACUCACCCGCUCACUUCCUGGUGAACAGAGAGACACAGUCCUUCAAGCCUACAUCAGUAACGACCUGCUAGAGCGCUACAGUACGAAGUGGAUCGCAGGGAAGCUGGUGUCCAUCUCCAGCAGUCUAUGGGCGGGAGGCAGGAGAACCGUGCUUCAUUUGAUGAAAUCAGCAAACGAGGUUGUCCGUCAAUACUUGGCUCGUCUCAUCAAUGCAUUUGCUUCCCUUGCAGAGGGCCGGAUUUACCUCUCCCAAAUUCCCAUUCUUCUGAAACUUCUGACAGAGACACUCAGGAAGGAGGACAAGGACUCCCUGACACGGGAAAAUGUUCUGGUUGCCCUGCAGAAACUCAGUCUUAGGAGAAGCCAGCAGACAGCCAUGAUCGCGGAUGAUCUUAUUGGCUGGCUUGUGGAUGAGCUGCAGGACUGGGACUGCCUCAGUGACUACAUCCUGGAGUAUUCUGCAGCUCUGCUUAUGAACUUGUGUCUGCGUACCAAAGGAAAAAGGAAAUGUGCAGAAAACGCCAAGCAUGUGCUCAAAGUUCUGACUGACCUCCUCGGACAUGAGAACCAUGAGAUUCGGCCGUAUGUGAAUGGAGCUCUUUACAGUAUCCUGUGUAUUCCCUCCGUGCGACAGGAAGCAAAAGAGAUGAGCAUCGAGGAGAUUCUUCGCUGUUACAACAAAGAGGAAAACCCGGACCUCAACAGACAGAUUGAGUUCAUCAUUAAGCAGCUAAACUCAGGUGAUGAAGAGGGAUCAGAAUCAGAUGAUGAGGAAGAAGAUGACGACAAUGACGAGGAUUUAAUGGAAAUAGAACUUGAUAAAGAGGAGGUUCUUCAACCACAGCAAAGAGAGCUGUCUGGGGAGACUCUGCUGACCACUGAGUAUCUUGGGAUCAUGACAAACAUGAUGAAGGUGAAGAGGAAGUCAACACCUCUUCCACACCCAAACAUUGAUGAGCCCUUACAACGGCCUGUCACCCCUAGCUCUCAUCGAAACGCAAGCACAGGUGAAAAUGGACCCAGCAGUCUGUGUUGUGAGAGUAGCAGGAACACGGAAUACCCCCUGAACAGACAGAAGAGUGAGGAAGAAAGCCUGAUCCCUUCCCGAUACAACUCUCGACCUCCUACACGUUCCGGUAGCCCGUCCAGCAAUGCUGACUGUCUGCGCCACAGCAUCGACUCAGACAGUGCACGUUUCUACCAGGAUUCAGACGGGACAAAUGAAGAUCAAGCUAAGAAAGAAUAUUCCCAGGAGGAACACAACGGGCACUCCGCCAGGCAGGCACUCAAAGAGGAGGUGAAGAGCGAGCUGUCACCAUGGGGGGAAGCACUAUCUGUCCAGGAACGUCAGGCUUCCUGUAACAUCAUCCCCCCAGGUUGUGAUCGGGGGUCAGGCCAACAGAGACGGCUGAUGAUCAGCGGCAGCAGCAAGAGGAGGAAGAGGAGUGUGUGAAACAAUGUGUAGGAUUGUGGCUCUAAAUACCCCCCCACCCACCACCCUUUGGCUUCAGCACACACUGCUUUGGUAAUGUGAUAUAACUACAGUCAAUAAUCACAACCACCAGUGAAGCAACCCAGUGAACGAAGAAGUCUGAGUUUUUGUGUUUGUUUUUUGGAACAACUCAAGCAGUGCAUAAGUUUUGUGUUUCAAAUCAACUCAGUAGCAUUGCUCGUAUUUGGAGCCACUGAAAAUAAAUUACCAUACUUUUUGUUUUCAGCCUGGCUAACUAUUUCCACAUGGGUUUCCUUUCUGGAAAGAUAGUGCUCCUGUUUUUCUUUUCUUCACUGAGCUUAAUGCAUGGGUUCAGACUUUGAGUUUGAGUCAGGAUUUAACAUAAUAUAAAAGGGAUAUUUAACAUAACUGUCAUUAGAAAGAGUAAAACAAAAUGCAGUCUAGGUCAGUGGCACUCAGAUUUUUUUAAGGUUUUUAAAUUAUAGUAAAUAUCUGUCCACAUGCAAAAUUGAUUGUACUCUGCUUAAAAUAAAAUAAUAAUAAAAAGGAACACACCUUGUAGAAAGGCGUGACUUCCUUUCAUCUGACGCUCCAAGAGAUGCACAAACUUACUUUCACUUUUCUGAUUACUGAGUGUUUUUAAUUGUCCAUAGAACUUUCUGUAUGAUGUAUUUGGAAAAAAAAAACUUGAGCAUCUUUGAUUGUCUUGAUUUCUGCAUAUUUUGCAUUGUAUACUAUUUACAUGUAUGGUAAUGUGUAUAUUUAUGUUCAGUACUACGUGUUUCACGUAAUGCAUUUUGACAGUGCUUUUAAAUAAAUUUCGUACUUCACCUG